CUCAUAUCUGCUCCAACAUGGUUUAUUUUGUGUUUGUGAUUAACUGAAGCUGCGAGGAAGAUGUUGGAAGAGAAGUAGUCCGCGGGGGAUAAAUCAAGGGGACCCUCAGGAGGACGACCGUCUUCUAACAGGAUGGUUCUUCAGAUUGUGCUGGGCUUCCUGUUGGGCCUCAGCGCUCUGGCCGCAGACAAAGACGUGGCUCAACAGGGUCCACCGCCGCUGCUGCUGGUGUCGUUCGACGGCUUCCGGGCCGAUUACCUGCAGAGGUUUCCCAUGCCGAACCUGAAGCUCCUGUACAGCCAGGGGGUCCUGGUGGAGCAGCUCACCAACGUCUUCAUCACCAAGACAUUUCCCAACCACUACAGCUUGGUCACCGGGCUGUACGCAGAGUCCCACGGUAUCCUGGCGAGCAGCAUGUACGACCCGGCCACCCACAAACACUUCAGCGUCCAAAACGACUCUGAUCCCAUGUGGUGGAACGGCGCGAAGCCUCUGUGGCUGACAGCUCUCGACUCUGGCUACAAGACGGCAGCUGUGAUGUGGCCCGGUUCUGACGUGACCAUCGGUAACCGCACUCCCACGCACUUCUUCCACUACAACUCCAAGAUGACGUUCCAGCAACGCGUGGGGAACGUGACGAACUGGAUGUUGGGAGACGGAGAGGAGAAAGGCGUGAUGUUCGCAGCUGUUUACUGGGAGGAACCGGACCAAUCUGGUCACGCCUUUGGCCCUGACAACACCACAGAAAUGGCUAAAGUGCUCAAGGGGGUAGAUGACGACAUCGGACUGCUGAUGUCAGAGCUGAACCGAACCGGACUCUGGGGUCGCAUCAACCUCGUGGUGACCAGCGACCACGGCAUGGCCCAGUGCUCGGCCGAGCGCCUCAUACGCCUAGACGACUGUCUCCACCCGGACAACUACACCCUGGUGGACCUCACGCCUGUUGCGGCCCUCAUCCCUAACGGAGACCAAGAGGCUGUCUUCAGCUUGCUCAGUAAGUGCCACCCCAACAUGACGGCGUACUUAAAAAAGGAAAUCCCCAAAAGGCUUCAUUAUCAGAACAACGAGCGCGUCCAGCCGAUCAUUCUGGUCGCUGAUGAGGGUUGGACCAUAGUGCGGCGGGGGAACAAGCUACCAAGAUUGGGAGAUCACGGCUAUGACAACUCAUUGCCCAGCAUGCACCCCUUCCUAGCAGCAACAGGCCCCAGUUUCCGUCAAGGAUACCGGAUCAAGAGUCUACAGAGCGUGGAUAUCUACCCGCUCAUGUGCCACCUGCUGUCGGUGCCGGCGCAGCCCAACAACGGAUCCCUGAGCCAGGCGCAGUGUCUUCUGGCUGUUGAGACCUACUGGAACGUUCCCAUGCUGAUCGGCCUGGUGGUCGGCGUCCUGCUCCUGCUCACUACCGUCCUGGUUCUUUUCAGGUUGAUGAACUCUCGCCGGUCCUCGGACCCCCGACCCUUCCAGAGACUGGAGAUCCUUGAUGACGACGACGAACCCUUGAUCGAGUAAACCCCUCAGGGCCGUUGGCCACAGGUGCCUCUCAUGCUGCACUUUACUUCACGUGUUGUAUACAUGCCAGAUCUGCUGACACCUGCCGUGGACUUGUGCACUGACCUCACAGCUGUUACCAUGGUUACCAUGUCCGGUCUCCAUUUUACUGAAGGUCGACUUGACCAAAAAAAUAAGCCAUAUUUCACCGAACAGCGACUUUUUAGGAAAACGGUAAAAAUGUUUUUGGUAAAAUAAAUUAUUCACUUUAGUACUACUGACAAAAAUAAAAACUGAUUGAGUUUGUUGAUUUUAGGAGGUUAUUCUUUGUGUUGUUCUGUUUUUGUUUAUAAAAUUGGUUCUAUUUAAUGUGUAUUUUCUUUAUUCUGACAGAA